AUGCUCCGUCUGGACUCGGACAAGGUCUUCUCCGACUUGACGGCAAAGAUCUUGCCCUGGCUCAUGAUCCUCAUGCUCCUCAUCUUCAUCAUCGUCACUCUCUUCUUCAGCAUCACCAACAAGGAGCCCAUCCCCAGAGAGGCGACCUUCGCCCUCGUGGGCAUCUCAAGCAUCUUCAUCGGCCUCUGGCUACUGGGUCUCCUGAACGUGAGCAGGAGCAGGAGCAGGAGCGUCGGGAGACACAGCGGGAACAAGAUCGACUACAAGAGCAACAACAGCAAGAUGAGCGAGUUCGACAGCAGCAACAACGAGAACAUGACCAGCGGAUUCAACAACACGAUCGUUCACAGCAUCAGCAGCAAGAACAGCAACAAAACGAGCGACGUAGACAGCAGGGACAGCAACAACAAGAUCGACGACUCGAGCCACCACAUCAACAGCAACAUCGAAAUCGACAGCAACAGCAGCAGCGACAAUCGAACCAGCCGCACCACCAACGCAAACAGCAGGUUAGUCGAAUUCCAAUACACUGCGGCCGAGAACAACGAGAACAACGAUCACGGCCCCAAAAUCCACCAGCGUCGAAGUUUCCUGCCGGACCCAGACCAGAACCACCGCGACGUUCACAAUCGCAACAACGAGGGCGCUCUCCACAGACCCAACUCGAGCCUUCAGUCAACUCCGACGAGCAAAAAGUUCAACCGCCGCUCUUCCAGCAACCCGUCUAGGCGCACUUCACCACACGGCUCGAUCACGCAUGGGACUUCCGAGCAGGGUUCGCUGUCGAUGCGACGCCAGCGGCGCAGGUCGGAUUUGCAACGGCGCAACCACAGCACGCCGCCGCCUUCGAGAGAUGGUCAACUCGAAGUGGAGGCCAUGGUUGAAGAUGCUCAAUGGCGUGAGCUCUCGUCCCCUGACACGCAGGCUCGUAUAGAGGCGAUGCCGGCGCCUCUGAAGAUCUCUCGCCCAGGCGGUCCGGAUCCGAAUUCUGGACGCUUAGUACCUCCUGGAUCUAGUGCCAUGACGCAAAGGAACCGAUAUGCUGAGCCGAGACAGCGAACUGGCGAGGGGCAACGCCGGGACCCCGGGCCUUCUCUACAUCGAUACGAUGACAGCCCCGACCUCUCUGAUCCAGGUCCGGCCAUACGCCAGCCACACGCAUACCAACCCGCGGAUCGUCAUCCUCAGUCUCAUACAGAGUCCUGGACCGACACGAUAUCCAAUCUCAACCACCGCAACAUCGACGACGAGCUAGAAUGCGAGGCCUUCGACCACUUCAACAUCUGGACCCCUCUAACCGGAACGCUCCUCCCUCCUACAAUCCUCAAAUCCCUCCUCUCGAAGGAACGGCCCCGGGUCGCGGACAUCGGCACGGGGAGCGGCGUCUGGCUAACAUCCCUCACCGACAUCCUCCCCGUCCGCGCCGAAUUGAUCGGCUUUGACCUCGACCCGCGCAAGUUUCCCCCGCGACCGCCGACGCCUCCGAUCCCACCCCCGCCGUUGUCCCCGCCGCUGAGACCCGUGCAGCCGAGUCUGGAUUUCCGGGUGCAUGACGUGCGGGAACUGUUCCCGGAGGAUCUGCGGGGCACGUUUGAUCUGGUACAUGUCAGAUUAUUGGCGCUGGGGUUGACGACCGCGGAUUGGGACGUCAUCGUGAAGAACUUGGUCGCGCUGCUGAGGCCCGGUGGGUGGUUGCUGUGGGAAGACACGUCGUGGUUGUUUAUUAGGGCGUAUCCCCCGAGCAGAGCGUAUGAUGAAUGGUGGUGGGCCAUCAUGCGGCAUGGCGCGAGUGUUGGAAGGGAUCCUUUCAUACCUUCUGGUCUUGCACAGAAGUUCGAGACUGCCGGGCUGCGAGACUGUGAUCAAAAGAUCUGGAGCACAUGGGCGGCGGAUGGGGGCCUGAGAGACAACACCACGCUUGCUGUCCAGCGUCAGGUCAGGCCCUCGCUGUCGGUGGUGAUCCAGGAUGGCGGUGCGGAGACGAUCAAGACGUCGGGUGAUAUUGAUCGAAUUGAACGGGAGAUCAUGAGAGGCGUUGAGGAAAAGGGGGUUCAGAUGGGUUUGGAAUACUUUUGGAUCUGGGGACAACGACCGUUAAAAGAUUGCGUCAGCAAGCAACUAGAGUGA